AUAGGCACUGGGGUUUUUUUGAGACGAGAGGGUCGCUCAUUGCGGUACAAAUAAAAAUAAAUAUUUAAAAUUGAACGGCGUGCCUUCAUAGCGGAGGGUCCUGCCAUUUUUCAACAAACAAGGAUACUAUUUAUUCUGAGGUUAUUGCCCACAGAUGAAUUUUGAGCAGCCUCCUCCAUAUCCGGGCCCUGGCCCCACCGCUCCAGGCUACCCAGCCCAGGGCCAUCCCCCACAAGGUUAUCCUCCUCAGGGCUAUCCUCCUCAGGGAUACCCUGUUAACAUGGAACAGCCUAAUCCAGCCUACCCUAAUUACCCUGCUGGACCCAUGGGCCCCGGGGGCCCAUAUCCUGGCCCAGGACAACCACCUUAUAAUGGAUACCCCGGACAGCCACAGUUUGGCUGGCAGGGGGGUCCACCUCCUGGGCCCAUGUAUGGGGAAGCUCCCAAAAACACAGUGUACGUGGUGGAAGAUAGGAGGAGAGAUGACACAGGAGACACAUGUCUGACAGCCUGCUGGACAGCUCUGUGUUGCUGCUGUCUCUGGGACAUGCUGACAUAACAUUAUUCCCCAACUGUUGACCUCAUUACCCCCUGCUCAGUUUCUGUGCCUCGAAUCCCACCACCCCAUCAACCUCCCCCGCCUUAAACCUUGUACUCCCUUACAGUCCUUAGCCCGUUUCCUCUCCCAAGUUUUUUUUUGCUCGUCUAUAAAUAAAGCCGCUUCUCAGUCCCACAUGGAAGUCUACAAGUCUCUUCCCAGAGUCCCUGCUCUUCCUUGAUGUGAAGUCCUCAGCACUGACUGACCCUGUCUAGGGGUACUCUGUAGCAGCUUGUAACCAAGCUUCUAAGCAUACCCUAAAUCUCAGGCUCUGUAUUGUAAUCUUACACCAACACACAACACACGGCACAUGCACAUGCACAUGCACAGCACAGCACAGCGCAGACAAGGCAGAUAAACACACCAAAAAAAGCGUCAAGUGUCAUGUUGCACACAUGCACCCACGCUCAUUCACUAAUGCUCACGCACAAGUACAUACAAGACACACAUACACACACAUACUUGGAUCUCAGGCUCAUCUGGUGAGAGGCUAUCCUUUGGCACUUUAUGAUCUUAUUACCUCUGUAAGAUUCUACUCCUGCCUACCCCUCCGGCCAUCUCUCAAGCAACCCCAACCCCCCACCCCCUCCAUUCCAUCAAUGCUACUUCCCAUCCCCAAGGCCAACCCUUUAACCCAAACCCACACCAAGACCCCUGAAUGCCAUUAAGCUAUGGGGUCCUCUUAAAAAGCUGAUGCUUGAAAUAUAUCCCUUUUAUUUGCACAGAUCUUUUUGCUGAGGUAUAUUUCAGGUGAAUCAUAUGACAAUAAAUAGAAUGCAUUUUUAAGGAUGACAGUGAUUUAUGUUUAAUUAUGUAACAUUUAAUGGCUGCAAUGUUUUUCCAUGGUAACCCUGAUAUAAAAAAUGAUUUCAAUAUUAUUUUUUUAAUGCUCACAUUCCUUGGAAGUGAAACUGAAAAUAUGGGAAAAAUAUGUUGAUUGCAAAACAAAUAAAACCAAAUGACUUGUUAGAUGCCUUUUGCUUUCGAUGAGAAUCUUGCAUUAAAACAGUUUAUCCCCACAAGA